CCUUUCUCUUCUUUUGCUAUUGAUUUGAUUAUUCUCCGAGACAGGGAGAGAGUCAGAGGCAAGUGUCUUAGAGUCCCGAGUCAGUGAGUGUCGAGUCCUCAGGUAGCUGAGAAAUGAUGAUCAUUUCCUGCAAUUAAGCAAGUGCAAGGAUUUUAUGUGCAUGUUCAUUGUUUGUCAAAAUGUCUGAGUUGGGUUGAACACCUAAAUAAGCAAGAUUCCAACUUCAUAUCAAGCUGUACACAUAGUUGCAAUAUCCAAAUACUGAGAGUCACAAGCCACGUAUUCUAGAAUGUACUGGGUUAACUUCCAAAUCUGUCAUAGUAGUGAUGCUAUCGAGAUCCCCAAAAUCCUACCUUUACCUUCUUCCUCUUCUUGUUCUUGUUCUUCCCCUUACAAGAAACAAUUAGAAUGAACCCUGCAGUGAUUUUCAUCAUAGUGAUCUUAGCUAUUGUGUUCUUGAUCUCUGGUAUCAUUCAAUUGGUUGUUAGAUUCCUCAUGAGGCAAAGGUCCUCUUCUUCAUCAAUUAUACAAUCAAAUAGGUUCCCUGACAUGUCUGAACCUGAUGCAUACCAGAGACAGUUACAGCAACUCUUCCAUCUCCAUGAUUCAGGCUUGGAUCAGGCCUUCAUAGAUGCUCUCCCAGUUUUCUACUACAGAGAGAUCAUAGGUUUGAAGGAACCAUUUGAUUGCGCAGUUUGCUUAUGUCAAUUCUCAGAACAAGACAUGCUGAGAUUGCUUCCACUUUGUAACCAUGCUUUUCACAUUGACUGCAUAGACACAUGGCUCAUGUCUAAUUCAACUUGUCCCCUUUGUAGAGGGAGCCUCUAUGAUCCAGGGUUUGCAUUUGACAACCCAGUUUAUGAAUUUGAGGGUCCAAUAAGGGAAGAUGGGGUUUCAGGGAGUGGUGUUGGUGUUGGUGAGGCUGGUUCUGCCAAUAACAAACAUGGAGAAAGUCACAUAAUGAGUGGGAAAAGGGUGUUUUCUGUUAGGCUUGGGAAAUUCAGGAGCUCAAAUAAUGGUGAAGGUGUGGUCAUGGGAAGAGGUGAAGGAGAGAGUAGUAGUAGCACAAGUAAUUUUGAUGUGAGGAGGUGCUUCUCAAUGGGGUCUUUUCAGUAUGUGGUUGCUGAUUCAGAUUUGCAAGUGGCUUUAUGCCCUGACACCAGUGGCAGUAUGAGAAAAUUGAAAGGAAGAUUAGCUCCACAAUAUGGAAAUUCUACUUCCAUUGAUGGGGAUAUUGAGGGGGAAAAAAUCAACAUUGCUAGAAAAGGUGAGAGCUUUUCUGUUUCAAAGAUUUGGCUAUGGUCUAGGAAGGAUAAGGUAUCAAAUUCCUCACCAGAAACUCAUUUGGGUAAUUCUCAUGUCACCGCAACUUUGCAUGGAUGAACAGAGGGAUCAAGGUACAUGAAACUGCUCAGAUUUAGACAUAUUUUCAAUGAGUUCACUCUCAGGAUCUUUCAUACUUUGAUUAUACUUUUUUACUGAUAAUACUUGUAAAUUAUGCUACAAACAUCAAUUGAGAAUCUAUGUCCUUUGGGUGAGAGUUCAGAGUUAAUUUCUAGUUUUUGUUAGGAAAAGCAUACUUUUUAUUUAUUAAUAAUAUUAUUUUUUUAUUUGUUUUUUUUUUUACAAAAUCCUAUUUCUGGAUUAGAAGUAGCCAUCUGUUUUGUUCCGGAAUUUCCAGAAAAGCUAUACUUGGUUGCUUGAAUGAAGAAAAAAAAAGAAAAGCUUUGCUUGUUGUGGUCUUAUGAGGAAAAUGAAGAGACAGAUCAAUGUAGUGAUUAGCAAAAAACACAAUGACAAGAGAUGAUUUCAACAGUAUUUUAGAAUGUGGUCCCUUGGUGCCAUGUGAUGUUUUUGUUUCAGUGACAGAAGUGUAAGAAAGAAAGAAACUAAAGUGUAAGUGUCAAACUAGGAGUUGCUUUUUGGA